GCGCCGCGCAGUGGAAGCUGGGAGCUGUAGUUGUCCCCGGGGGCGGUGCCGUGCCGGAGCCGCCAUGCCGGAGGGGACGGGAGCGCUCCGGGAGGUGCUGCCCAAGCAAGGGCAGCUGUCGGUGGAGGACACGGCUGCCAUGGUGCUGUGCAAGCCCAAGAUCCUGCCCCUCAAGUCGGUGUCGCUGGAGAAGCUGGAGAAGCUGCAGCGGGCGGCGCUGGAGGCGGCCCAGGCGCCCGAGGCGGCCCCGCCGCCGUCCGCGGGGGCCGCACCGCCUCGGCAGUAGCGCGGGGAGGGUCGCGCCCGGCGGCACCCGCGAUCGGAGGUACCGCUGUGUAACGGGGCUGCGGAUUAAAGCGCGGCCUGAACGCAGCCGGUGCUGCCGGGCUGGGAGGGGAGGCCACGCGUCGGGCGCUGUUGGUGUAGAAGUUGCGCUGGUUGCUGCCCAGGCGAUGUUUUAAACGCGUCUAAAUUUAGAGGUACCAGAGCCCCUCGGACUGCGGGAGGAGGGCGAGUUACACAACCCCACUGCUCCAAGCCGGGCUUACCAAACCCGCUCGAGCACUGAAGCGCUUGGCUCCUAAAGCACAGAGUAUUCCCGGCCCUGGAACGGCUAUUCCCAGCAUUUUGGAACACUUGAAAUCUUGACAUGAAACUGAAAAACAAAGGAGAGGCUCCACCGUGUUCCUGUAAGCGAGUUCCCUUAGGUCCAUCUUGUUCUUGAGCAAGGGCUUGGCAAAGCUGUGCUGCAAAGACACGUUCACAGUAUCUCUGCCAGCCUAGACGCUCCUACGCAAGUCAGUUGUGUUUUCCAAAACAGAUCUCGUAAAUACUUAUUUAACCACGAGCUUAAUUACUCUGUGCUCUCCUCCUGACGGCAAUACCAAAGGGCAGCGUUAGAUGUACUGCUUAAUUUGUUCUGUGUAAAAUAAAUAAAAAGGAGGCAGAAACAAGA